CUCAGAUCUUAUCAUCUUUGACCGUCCUCGCCAGCACAGCCUGCUUGCGCUCAGCCAAUAAUUUAUUCACCUUGACUAGAUCAAUAAUUUAUUAUCCAUGGCUAUUUGCACCGAUUGCGGUGGUACUGUGAUCGAGUACGAUGCUUCUGCUGGGAAUGGGUUCUGUGUGAAAUGUGGUACGGUGGUCGAGGAGAAUACAAUCGUUAAUGAAGUUACUUUCGGAGAGACCUCGUCUGGAGCUGCAAUGGUGCAGGGUUCGUACGUUGGACAAGGAGCGAGCCGAGCCAAAAUGAGUGGUCCUUUUGGGAACAGAGGGAACAGUGAAUCUCGUGAACAGACGAUCGCAAACGCAAGCAAGAAGAUCCAAACAAUUGCGAAUAUUAUGCGCCUUUCGGAGGUCGUCUGCAUGGCUGCGACACGGCUCUACACUCUCGCUGUAGAGCACAGAUUCACCAAGGGUCGUAAAAGCCUGAACGUGGUCGCAAUCUGCUUAUACGUCGCUUGUCGUCAGAAGGAGACGCGAAAUUACAUGCUGAUCGAUUUUUCGGAUCUUCUUCAGGUGAACGUAUUCGAGCUCGGGCAUACAUAUCUGCAGCUGGUACAAAUGUUGAACCUUCGCCUCCCGCUAGUGGACCCCUCACAUUAUAUCUCCCGAUUCGCAGCGCUGCUCGAGUUCGGUGACGAAACACAACGCGUGGCCACGGAUGCUGUUCGACUCAUUCAACGCUUUGACCGGGAUUGGAUGACUCGGGGAAGACGCCCUGCCGGUAUUUGCGGUGCUGCUCUCCUCUUGGCAGCUAGAAUGAAUAACUUUCGUCGGUCGGUUGAAGAGAUUGUUCAGGUGGUCAAGAUAGCCGACACAACACUGAAGAAAAGGCUGGAUGAGUUUAAGAGUACUCCAAGUGGGAACUUAACUCUGGUCGAUUUCAGGAAUGUCUGGUUGGAGGAGGAGAUGGAUCCGCCUGCGUACAUCAAAGCGAAGGGGAAAGAGGAAGCGGAAAGGCUGGCGAGGGAGCAGCAAGAGUUGGGAAUCGUUCCGGAGAAGGAGAAGAAAGGAACGACGAAGAAGAAGGGGAGGAAACGCAAGAGGAACGAGGAGGAGAAUGAAGAAACUGAUGCGGACAUCAAUACUGAGACAGAAGGAAUCGUUGAAGGAUCGGCGAUGGACGUCGAGACGGCUCGACCGGAGGAAACCCCCCUUGGAGGGAGCUAUGACGGACGGCUACCAAUCAAUCCGGCUCUGUUCAAUGAAGGCAUCCUAUCUGCAAUAAUUGACCCACCCACCGAUCCCGUAGCUUCCGAUGAUGGCGAACCACUUUUCUUACCCGAUAUCGACGAUAACAUAGAUCCCCAGCUUCUUGAACAGUCUCGCCAAAUGUUACGCCCGACAAUACCUGACAGUUCUAUCGGGCCACCAUCACAACUUCAGCUACCGCAAACGAACGAGCUCGACGAAACAGUUUCCAAUGUUCUCGCACAGGAAGUGACUGAAUUCCUCGAAAACCCCGAAGGGAGCCGCAUGACUGAUGUAUUAGAUGAGCGAGAGAGAGAGAGGCUUGCUCAAAUCAAUGACAAUGUCGACGACGAAUUACUUGGACUCGAUGAAGAGGAACUAGACCGGUUCUUGUUGAGUGAAGAGGAAGUGAAGAUUAAAGAGAGAGUUUGGGUCGAGUUGAACCGUGACUAUUUAGAGGCUCUCGCAGCCAAGGGUGAUACCUCCCCAUCGACCUCAUCCAAGAGUAGAAAGCGACGGAAAACGAACAAUAAACCCCGCGAUACUACAACUCCUCACGGUGCGACAACAGCAGAAUCGGUGCGAAACAUGUUGAAGAAGAAUCCAAAAUACAGCAAGAGAAUCAAUUACGAUGCUCUCAAAGAUCUCUUCGUCGAUUCUACUGGUUCCACGAACUUUGAUGACAAAGAUGACGGAAUGCUGUACACCAUCGACGAUAAGGACGAUGAGGAGCAAACACUAGUUGUCAUUGAAGAUGAUCCCAGAAGUGUCGUAUCACCACCUAAACCUUUUCUGGAUUCUGUAGUAGGGGAUGAUGAUAAAGGAGACGGUGAGGAAGAGGAUACGCCAGUAGCAGAUUGGGAUGAAGGGUUUGAGCAAGAAGUUUAG